AUGGGAGAUACCUUUUUGUGUAAGAAAGUGGAAUCACCAAAGAAGAAUUUGAGAGAAUCCAAACAAAGGGACGAGGAUGAUGAAGAUCCAGAUCUGAUCUUUGUUGGGGUGGAGCAUGUACAUAGAGAUGCUGAAAUUCUCUUUGUCGGGAUGAUUUCAAAUUCAAAACCAGUCGUUUCAAACAUUUUGAACAGAGUCACCCCAGGUUCAAAUUCAAGAAGAAAGAAAAUCUUCCGUCAAGAUCCUGCUCACGUGUCGCAGCCUGCAAAUCAUGUGACCUCUAUGGCAAAAGCCAUCGUGCCAGUUUCUCCGUCUGAGGGGAGAUCAACAGAUAGUCCUGUCACUAUGAAGUCUUCAUCUGAACCUGGUUAUAAAAUGAGCUCACCACAAGUUGUUUCUCCCAAUUUCUCAGAUUCGCUCCCCUCAGGAACUCAGUGUCUAGUUGGAGCUAUGGUCUCUGGAGGAGGCAGAAAUGAGAGUUCUCCUGAUUCAAAGCGACUUUCCACUUCAGAUAUAAACAGCAGAGAUUCCAAAAGGGUGAAACUCAGGGAUGGAAUCCCAGGUGUACCUUCUUUAGCUGUGGUCCCUUCAGAUAUCUCUUCUAUAAUAAGCACAAAUACACCCCCACAGGGGGUCUGCAAUUCAUCAAACCAUGUUCAGAAUGGAGUAACAUUUCCUUGUGCUGAUGAUAAUGGAAAGGCACAUUUCAAUCUUACCAAUCCAGAGAGAGCAAAUGGGUCUGAUGGCCUGGUAAUAACAGACAUUCCAAGUCUAGCAAGUCAAAACAAGACCUUUGAUCCCAAGAAAGAAAAUCCCAUCGUGUUACUUAGCGACUUUUACUAUGGACAGCAUAAAGGAGAUGGGCAGCCGGAACAGAAGACUCACACCACCUUUAAAUGCCUCAGCUGCGUGAAAGUUCUAAAAAAUAUUAAGUUUAUGAAUCACAUGAAGCAUCAUUUGGAAUUUGAGAAGCAGAGGAACGACAGCUGGGAAGACCACACCACCUGCCAGCACUGCCACCGGCAGUUUCCCACUCCCUUCCAGCUACAGUGUCACACUGAUAGUGUACACAUCGCCAUGGGGCCCUCUGCUGUCUGUAAGAUUUGUGAAUUGUCAUUUGAAACAGAUCAGGUCCUCUUACAACACAUGAAGGACCAUCAUAAGCCUGGCGAAAUGCCCUAUGUGUGCCAGGUUUGCCAUUACAGAUCGUCGGUCUUUGCUGAUAUAGAAACACAUUUUAGAACAUGCCAUGAAAACACAAAGAAUUUGAUUUGUCUGUUUUGUCUCAAACUUUUCAAAACUGCAAUACCAUACAUGAAUCAUUGUUGGAGGCACAGCAGAAGGAGGGUCUUUCCGUGUUCCAAGUGCCGGCUACAGUUUUUGACGUUGAAGGAGGAAAUAGAGCACAAAACCAAGGACCAUCAAACAUUUAAAAAGCCGGAGCAACUGCAAGGGUUGCCUCGUGAAAAAAAAGUUAUUAUUCAAACUUCAGUUCAGCCAGGAUCAAGUGGUAUGGCUUCCGUUAUUGUUAGCAACACUGACCCUCAGCCUUCUCCUGUAAAAACGAGAAAGAAGAUGGCUAUGAACGCUAGAGAUUCCAGACUCCCUUGCAGCAAGGAUUCUAGUUGA